AUUGCUGGUCACUGUGCUGUGUUAUUGAAGAAUCCAUACUCCAUUGAAAGCAUAGCAGAUUUACUAUCUCUAGUUCACGAUUGUUAAUAUUAUAUUCUAUUCAUUUCGUAAGAAAUUACAAUGGCCAAUGCUCCAGCUACUGUAAGUGCAACUAAGCCGGUUUUACGUGGCCUGCAUAAUGCAACCAUUAAGAAGAAUUUGACUGUUGCCAUUGCCCUAACUGCAGUCGUAACAGUUGCCUGGAGCUUUCUGAUUAACAGUCCUAAAAAGGAGGCUUAUGCUCAGUUCUACAAGAACUACGAUGCGCAAAAGUCUUUUGAACGUAUGAAGGCGAACGGCCGUUUCCAAGGCUGUUAGAUAACUUGAAUGAUAUACUAUGUUGUUACAAAUAACUGUAGCAAUUUGGGUGAAAAUAUAGUGAUUUAUAAACAAACAAAA